AUGGAAGACUCUCCGGUAUCCCAGCAUCAUGGCUGUCAUCCACGUAGAGAUCCUGGAGGUAUCAACCCAGACGGAUGUGGGCACAAGUCGGGGGAGGACCCGUUGGGUGUCGGUCCUUCGGUCCUUAGUCCAUGUCCUUCGAGUCAAGGAGGAGAACUCAUGGGGUCGCCUCCGACACCCACACAUCGCAAUACUACACCUACUGCCCUAACGGCCAUGCUGAUGGGGGUUCCGCCUCCACCACCAAGCGAUCCCCCUCCGCUAAGAACGAAACGAGGAAGCACUCCAUCUCGGCUCCGCCAAGAUGAGGUGCUCUCUGCUUUGAACAAGAGAAGCUCAUCGUGCACUUCUGGAGAGAUUAUUCUAAGCUCCUUUCCAGGGCAGGCUUCCAUAGUGACGACUGCCACUGUGGAAGAUACCGCUAUGACAGCGUAUACUGACAAGCCUCGGUCAGAAUCGACUAUUGCUACGUCCCCUAGCAAGCUAGGCCUUAUUCAGCAGCGUUUGCAGGCUGCCAGAGCUAUCUAUCAGUCGGAUCCUCUCAUUCUGAACCCUCCAGAGGGAAAUGAUCACAUUGGAAGGUAUUCUGCCUCACUGAUUCCAGCUACCGAGAGCUCAGGACAGAUAUCGUAUUCCACAACAUCUGCUACUCCGGUCGGAACACAAAUACGUCCUUUAUCGCCAACGAGAUCUCUAAGUAUACCGACUGCCAACAGCAGUAUCGAAGCUGCCCCCGUGACGGUACGAGCCUUUUCUCUUUCCAGCACGUCCCAGGAGGACCAAAGUACUAAUACCAAGAGCCCAAAGAUUUAUCGUCCAAGUACUCCCGACGCACGUCACAGAUCUAAAAUCCUUGAAAGAUGCCACCAGAAAGAUUAUGAAGCAAAGCACAAUGGCAGGCUACUGGCUGGGCAGCAAAAGAGGAAAGGAUUCUUUCGCAAAUUCUUUGGAAAAAAGGGUAGAAGUGGCACUUCCGUAGAAGAAGAGAAUGGAACCUUCGCCUCAGAAGCAAUCGUAUCUCAUUCCACCAUUGAUGGUCUAGAAUACCAGCAAACCGUUGCGUUUCCCGAACCAAGCAUCCGAAAAUCCAUGCAGGAAGCUAUCAAGCCACCGAAUGGCAGCAAAGACACUGUACAAACUCCUCAUGAAGAUCAGACAGUUUUCAUCGACAACGACCGUCCCGAGCUAUUCUUUGGACAUGAUGACGUGAGCCUUCUUACAUCUCCAACUUGGAAUUCCAAGAAUCGCAAGAGCGAAGAUCCUGUGCAGGAGGUGGGGCAUGAAAAAUUGUCAGAUCCCAUGGGUUACUAUUGGAAAAAGCCAAUGGAGAAUCAGUCCACGCAAGAGCUAAACAACGGCAGUCUAGCAAUUGAUCCAUUUUCGGCGCCGUUCUUUCACGAGCCCGCUGGAAGGUCGCCGGUGACCAAUCAAACAGAGUUUUUGCAGGGCAAGGUACAUGUUAAAGUCAAUGAUGCGGAUGGCCCUGGUGAUGAUCCCCAAACACAGCAAAAUGGGUCAUAUAUGGCCACUUCUCCAAUUCCCAGCCUACAGGAUCCAUCCUCUUUUAGCUUGAACACAACAGACUUCUCUGAGUACCAAUUUCAUGAUCCCCUUGGAGAAUCACCGCUGCAACACAAGCACCAUCUUAGUCCAGCUCCUCGCGUCGAUUCAGUAUCCUCCUCUGACCCAACUGUACACCGGAACCCGCUAUCAAUGGACCAUGAAAGUGACGAGGAAAAAAAAGAUGAAGAAAAUCAUUCCUCCUAUACUGACAAUGCAGCUAACGUCUUCCCGCCGCCGCCACCCCCUCUUCCAGAAACAGCUACACAAUCAAAGUCUCAAGGGAAGCAGAGACCUUCAGCUCACCCAAAACUGAUCUUGAAGGAGAAUGGCAAUAGUUUUAAACCACGUGAGUACUGGAGCAAGAAACAAACGCUGACCAUGAAAUCAUCUCCUUUGGCAACGAGCACUUCCCACGCGAGCGUAUCAGGAUCCACCCUUCACGAUUCCGACACAGGGAAAGUUGUCGACACCCCAGACCAUUUCUCUAGUGCAAAGUCUGCGCCAGCUAGCCGUACCACAGCAAAUGAGUUGUCACCGUCUUGGACAGUUUCUUCUGUUGCACGAAUUAAUGCAAAGACUGUCGCGUACAUUCAUACGUUAAAUGGUGACCCCUCUCCUCGCAGGACAUGGAGAAAAUCAGAUGCGCAAGCUCUUGAUGUCGCAAGAAUGAAAAAACAACGAAAUACCAAUGAAACAGCUAAUCUUUCACUCAUCGCAAAGCCACCUGGUAUGUGCGUUGAGCUGCACAAGUCGCCAAAUUUUGCAGAGACAUGUGCCAUUUCUUAUAUAGCGAAUCGAAAAACUGAUGAGCCCUCCUAUGCAGAGGAUAUCAUUGGCAGCAAAUCUGUGUCCCUCGGAUUUGCAAUUAUGAGAGAGAGGCGCGAAGCUUCCAUAGCUUGUGGAGCUUCUCAACGAGUUGUGUUGGUAAAGAAGAAUGCGGUUCCAGUCGUCGAUUCAUACUUUUCUUCGUUUGAUGAUCCUGAGCCAAGAGACCCGAUUCAGCGCGCGGGUCGUCGCCUACUGGCAAAAGCUGCGAUCCCAAUUCAAGCCCACGCAAGAAGCUUUCUGGCACAACGCAAAGCAGUAGAUAGAAUGUGGGCACUUAUUGAAAUCCAAUCCUACGCUCGAAGGUGGAAAGCAGAGGCUUCUCUCUUAGGAAACCGAACGUCAGCCACCAGGAUAGCGAGUCGUUUCCGAGGAUAUAAAUCUCGCGUCGAGCUUAAUAAAUUGAAUGAUGGUGCUAUUCAAAUACAAAGGAUUGUACGAGGAUAUUUUGCUGCGGCUCGAACAUAUGAUGCAGUCUUUUGCAUCAUUUUGGUCCAGGCAAGGGCCCGUGGAAACAACGUUCGACAGAAAACAAUCCAGUCUUCCAAGUCUGCGAUAAAAAUACAAUCACUUGUCCGUGGAUUUACCGUACGCUGUAACUUUGCUCUCUGGAGGGAUCAACGUUUGUUUACUUUGUCCCAGCGGCUCCAGGCUACCAUCAAAAUCCAGGCCAUCUGGAGGGGCUUUCAAGGCUACACAGACUACAUCUUUGCAUUGGUGGACGUGCUUGUGGUUCAACGAACUGUGCGCCGAUGGCUCGCGCAGCGAAAAGCCUGCGAGAUUCGAAAACAUCGAGCAGCUGUUAUUCUUCAGUCCGACUGGCGCCGGUUUAGCUCUCAGAUGGCCUUGCUUUACAGCUUCGUACGUAUUAUAAUAGUGCAAUCUCUGGCUCGAAGAUUCUUGGCUAGGAACGCGCUCCAGAAUAAACAAAUUGAAAUCGAAGCAGAAAUCGCCGCCGCCAUAAAGAUCCAGGCUUUUUGGAGAGGAUUUUGGAGUUUUUCACACUUUGUCAUAAUACAGUAUGAAUCUAUCAGACUGCAGGCCAUCGCUCGUGGAAGCAUGAUGCGAAAACGUCUGAAGUUGCAGCUUGGUUGUUGCAUCAUGAUUCAGGCUGCAAUACGGAGGCGUCUUGCAAUCAAACGGGCAAACAAUCUUAAAAUGACUUCGCUUUUUCAUGCAGCUGCCUUGAUUUCAAUGACGGAGACAGUGGCUUGCCAGCACAUGCAGUUUUGGUGGCGUGUAGUACUUGAUUGUCGCAAGGAAAAGAAGGCAGCUUUAAUAAUUGAAAGGUUCUUCUUUAUGGUCAAAGAAGAAGUUGAGAAGGAAAUUCGGCGCGUAAAGGCCAAGAAAACUUUAAGGAAAGAGAAUCGCCGGCACCGAACGAAAGACGAUGAUGAAAAUCUUCUCGAGCGAGUCUGGUUGAGUACCGUUGACGAAGAUCGCGUAGGUGUUUUUGCCUAUGCAAGAAACGACCCUAUUCGUUCGGACGGUCUCGCAAAAUCUCCUUCAAAUAAAUCGAUCAAUAGAAGCAACCGAAGCCGUCUGAAUACCGUGCGACACAGGGCGUCAUCACCUACGAUGAAUCUCAUCAUGCGUCAUGACCAAGAAUCGAAAAGGCGAUACUCAGAUCCUGUCAAUCGAUCGUUAGCUGAUAACACAAGCGAAAUUUCUGGUGCAACUGCAGUAUCUUUCGGCUUUAAAAGAGCGCAAAUGAGAAAAACUGGAUUCCCAAAUGACAAAGACCAUCAUAGGGAAGACUUGUCAAUGGUACAGCCACAAGCGGGGACAGGAACGAGACAAGGAAAGCAGAAAGAAAAUUCGGUAGAAAAGUAUUUGCAGAUGUACGGUAUCAAGACCGCACCGAAUCGAUCAUCGCGUGUGAGCUCCUUUUUCUCGGAUGAACUUGAGUCAGCUAUACCUAAUUCGUGCAAGGAAAGUGGCUUCAAUGCGAAAAAGUGCCGAAAAUCUACUUCGUCUAUUCCUGCAGGAGCGGCCGGUACCCUUUAUCAAGACAGAAACCGACCCACUGCUCCGUUGGACCGAGACUCGUGCCAAACAAAUAGGGCCUACCCUACGGCAGCUGCAAGCCCACGCCACGGAAGAAUUCAAUUUUUGCACCCUCAUCCAGUAUACGCAAAGGGGAAGACUGUUGAUGAUAUUUCAAUGGAAUUUGUUGGAGAGGAGUUUGGUUUGAUUUAAAAAAGGAAAGUAAGUCCACAAAGCUCCAGAAACUUUCUUGAUGGAUCGAAGCUUUACAGACUUUAGUGGUAUGGGCACAUAGAAAAGGGGCCCUUCAUUUUAUUGUCAAGUCCUCGCGAUCUCCG